AUGGCCUCUCGCGACGGUCCAAACCCUCUCCGUCCUUACUACGUUCCCCCGUCGAUCGGCCUUGAGCAAGAUGAGUUCUCGUUCUCCUCGCCUCCCAAUGCAUCGUCGGCUCAAGUUUUUGGCGGCUCAGCGCGCGACCUGCUUCCUGACCUAGACUAUUCGGACUACCUUGAUAGCUCACCGUCGGUCUCUGGCUGGGUCCGAGAUGCAGUGGACGUCGCGAUCAAGCGGUAUACGUCCGUUUUGAUUUCUCAACCAUUCGACGUCGCGAAGACGAUAUUGCAAGCAUAUGUGGUGCCCGAUGACUCUCCAGCCAGCCAAUUUCCCAAGAGCGACCGGCGGGGAUCAGGUAUGGGUAGUAGAACUGAUUCCUAUGAUGAUAUGGGCUCUAAUGAGGACGAAGAAGAUGACCUAUCCUCCGACGAUGAAAGCAGCUAUUUCACCUCCACAGCGCCCACUGUCUCGUCACCGUCUACUAGGCGUACACCAAAGCCUCGUCAUCGGAUCACCGACCGCAGCGGUUAUAUCGCGUCUUCGCCCUCGUCCAAGCCCGCAUCGCGACACGCGCUCGCCCUAAAGAACCCUGCGUCGUUGAUGGAGGUACUUUCUCAGCUCUGGACCACCAGUGGCCCUACAUCGCCGUGGAAGUCGAGCAAUGCAACAUUUAUCUAUUCCUUGCUCCUCCCGACCCUGAAUACAUUUAUUCGCAGUCUCUUGUCCGCCAUUGUUGGGUUACCGGAGGAUGACAUUACCCCGUCCAUGGCGAGCGAUAUCCUCACUUCCACCUCCCCAGCAGCGACCUUGGUCCUCUCCUUUAUUUCAUCUUCGCUGUCCGCCAUGCUCCUGUCUCCCAUCGACACGGCACGCACAUUUCUCAUCCUGACUCCCGUCACCCAUGGACCCCGCUCUCUUCUUCGCGCCAUUCGUCAGCUGCCAACACCCAACUAUACUAUCCCCCCACAUCUCGUCCCAAUCACCAUCCUGCAUUCAAGCUUGCCAAACUUGAUUAUCAACAGCACUCCACUAUUCCUCAAAUCGUACCUCUCUCUCGACCCCGUCCUAAACCCGUCCGCUUGGAACAUGUUGAGUUUCAUCGGGUCCGGUAUAGAACAGGUUGUCCGCUUUCCUCUGGAAACUGUCCUUCGCCGUGCUCAAAUUUCUACAUUCACUUCUCCCAGUAUCCGACAAAACUGCGCAGGUCCUGUUCGUCCCACGGUGGCAGAUGCAGCAGCUCAAGCCGCAGAAGUCGAGACAAUCGUGCCGACCCCACAAACGUACCGGGGCGUUAUCGGUACAAUGUGGAGUAUCGUCUACGAAGAGGGCGUGCAGCCCACCCCAGAGGCCCAACGCGCGCAGGAACUACUCAACAAACCUUUCCCUCACCGAAAACGCCAGGGUCAAGGCGUUAACGGCCUUUAUCGGGGCUGGAGAAUCGGCAUGUGGGGUGUUGCAGGAACCUUGGGUCUUCGCCUCCUUGCUGCCGGGGGCGCAGACGAUGGUCCUAUGCCCAGUGGCGGUCGAUUCUAG